CUCCUAGCCCUCCCACAACAAAACGAAAACAACAAAAUAAAUAAAUAACAAACACAACAACCGAAAUAACAGAGAAACAGAAAAAUCUGCAAAUCAGAAAAAUGGCGUUUUAAAUUUGCUUUUUUUGUUGGUGCUUUUUAAAUUGGACUCUUAUUUUUCGCUGGCGCUCUCCUGCGAUCGCCGUUGUCAGUUUGGUCUCAUCGCUUCGAGCGUCCAGAAGUAAAGCUUUGCCCGAUGCCCGAGGAGUCGCUGGCUAGCCGAAGUAGACUCUCCGUCGCCGUCGCCGUAGCCAACUGGGUGGCAGGUUCGCCUUCGCGACUAUCUGGGGUUUUCCACGGCUGCGAUGGAAUCGAAGGAGGAGGAGCAGCAGCCGUUGCUACUGGAUACACUCAGCUCGCUGUGGACCCACUAUCUUCAGGCCUCGGAGCGCGAAGACGCGAGUGUCAAGAAUCACUGGCUGUGGUUGCUGCUUUAUAACUUCCAGUUUCUCGACGAUCGGGCCUUGGAAGAUGCCUGGCUAAAUAGCCACUUCAACCUCGUGCCUGAGGAGCUCUGCUCGUACCUACUCGAACAGGUCUACCAGAUUAUCAGCGAGGCGAAACGAUCUCAGGGAAAUAGUCCGGAGCAGGAACCGGAGCAUCAGGAUAACUGCAUCAAGCAGCUGCGGAAGCAGCACAACCUAGCCCAGCUCAUUCUCAGCACACCCAGUGAUUGCAACAAGAUUCUUGCCCUGCGCACUUUUCUCACCGAUAAGUUGGGCCACCACUUACUGGCCUUUCUUCUGCGCGUGAAUAUCAAGCACAUUGCUUCCCAGAAGAGCCUCUGUCAGCUGUGCAUAAAUCUGUUUCCCAACUGCAAGUGGAGCGCCACUAACGAGCCACUGCUUCCACUGACCAGCAUCGCCCAGUUCAUUGGCAGCUUCUACCUCAACUCGCCAAGCAAAAGGCAGCGUCGCCAGCAGGCGCAGGAAGCCCAAUCACACCACUCCGCCUGCAACUCAGUCGUCCACGACUUUGAGGACUUCAGACAAGCAACGAAAAGCAGCGACGAACUGGCACUACUGCUCAUCCAGUUACUCACCAGGUGUGUCGACGCGGAGCAGGAAUCUCAGUUAAGUGUGACAGUGCACAACUUUGCCCUGGGCCACCUGUGCGCCGCCUUGGAGGAGGACCUGCCGGGCGACAACGAGGAGGUCAUCAAGUUUGAGCUCCUGCAACUGAUUGCCCAUUGUGUGAAUAAAUUUCAUGUGCUCGAGCAGCAGCAGCCCAAUGUUCAUGAUUUUAAUAGCAACUUCGGACAGUUACUCUACGCCCUGACCGCCAAUCGGAGGAGCCCUCUUCUGGCGCAGGGCAUCCUCUACAUAAUCUUUGGAACUCUGCACAACCUUGUGGACAACGGCGUUCGAGACUUGAGCCAUGUUGAUUUGGGAAGAUUCGAUGCCUGCUUUGAGGUGUUGCAGGAGGUGGCCAAGUCGACCGACUUCUCGACUCCCAUAUUCCUGCACAUUUACAAAAUGCUGCUCCGCCUGACGGACAAUCUGGCGAGGCAGGAGCAGCACCUGCAGGGCCUCAUGGAGAGCAGCGCCUCCACGUCCCUGCCAAAGCAGCAGCAACAGCCCCGCCACAAGAGGCAGAGAAGCAGCCAACUGCACUGCCUGGGAGCCACGUCCCUGUGCUGCUACUUUCAGGGAAAGCUCUAUCAGUUGCUGCCCUGUUUGGACGCUGAGCUCCAGGAGCACAGUGUGCGGAGCCUCCUGCGCAUGGGCAGCUGUUGCUGUCACUACAACGCACGAAACUACAGCACCUGCCUCCAGCUGGCCACCCGGCUGUCGAGCAGCUGUCAAAAGUGCGCCUACAAGUUUCUGCACUACAAUGUCCUACACACCAUAUUCGUGAAGCGGUCUCCCCAGGGCUGUCCUGGCUGCGAGGAAAAGUUCAAGUCGCCCGUGUUUCACCUGAACCUGCUGAACAUCUACAAGGAGAACUACAAGCUCCUAAACACGCCGUCUAUGCUGCUUUUUCUGAAGCACCUGAAACACAUCGCGUACCUACUACCCUACGAUUUGGCCGCCGGGAUCCUGGCAGAGGUGGCCUUGCCCAUAUUUAGGCAGUUUAAAGAGUCAAUCGAAGGCGACGGCAGUAAGGCCAGGAGCAGCAAAGUGGCGCCCUUGAAGCUGCCCAGCAAACUGGAAAACUACAGGGCGCUCCACGAGUGCCUGGGCAUUUUUGUGAUGUACUUGAGUGACAUUCGGCUGGUUAAGGCCUUCUACAAUGAGGAGAACAUCCGCUACAUGCAGGACCUGCUGGCCAUUCCCGAGCUGCAGCGGGGCGUCUGCGACCUGAUCAAGGUGGGGAUCGAUAACAUUGCCUUUCUCGGCGAGAACAGCCAGGAGCAAGUCACCUUGAGUCGGAGGCUGAUUCAGCUCCAGCUGAACAGCAGUGACACGGCGACGCAACUGUUCCAGCUGCUGCUGCACAAGUGCGCCAGGAACUCGGAGAGCAAGUUCUGGCUGGACGACGACUCGGACGCGGCUAAGCUGCAAGGCCACAAGCCGGGGGACAUUCUCUACAUCACAGCCCUGCAAUGGACCCUCAACUUCGAGCUCCUGAAAACCAGCCAGCUAUUCUACAACGAGUUUGCCAAAAUAUACUCUAUUCCCGUGGAAAUGACGGAAAACGAGGACGACGAGGCAGAUGCGGAGCAGCAGCAGCUCUCGGGGGAGAAGAAGCUGCGGCAUGGAGAUAAAAACAUAGUGGACAUUCUCAAGCUGAACUACAAUGCUUUGAGUUGCUUCCUCAUGCUUCCGAAAGCCGCAAUGGGGGCAACCGCUACUGCCACCGACACAGGCUCAACCGCAGCCACGCCCACCGCCGUCAUAUGUGCCUCAAGUUCACUGGAGACCCUCGUCUCCCAGCUGCCUCUGGGCAACUCGGUUUCAGUCUCCGUCACGACGGCAGCCAGCUCGGACUACGCGGAAUCUAACCUAGACUACGCCUCGGUGAUAGAUAACUACGACAGCCUCCCACUGGCCACCAAGGACUCCUUCCUGCGCCACCUCCGUGGCAGCGAGCCGGACGAGAGCAUCGUGCUAUUUGACAUUCGCGGAAGCCAGCCCCUGGCAGAUCCGUCUGCCGAUCCUAACUUGAUUCCGCCGAACGAGGAGGAGGACGUCGCCAGCCAUGGCAUCAUAAACAAGCUGUUCAGCAUUGUGGGAUCCAUAUUCGGCGGCAAUCCAGGUGGCGACCAGGGAAGUGACGGAUCUCCCGCCAGGCCCCCCAUUGAAGCCGAUUUGUUCUGCCUGUACGAACCGAGCGGGGAAUGCAAGAAACUCUUGCUCAAGCUCUUCGAAGCGACCAUGGCAAUCUGCAUUAAGGGUUUCCAAAACGAAGAAGUGGAUAAGAUGCAGAAGCACCUCCGAAAGCUGCGCGCCAUAAUCUUGGCCCACGCCUCGGACAACUGGGCGGACCACGGGGAGCAGCACGCCCGGGACAAUGCAGUGAUUCAGACGCUGCAGACCCUGCUUAAAAUCGCCGAGCUAUCGAGCACGCACUCAGAGGCCGGACCAGGAGCCGUGAGCAGUCCAUCUGGGGAUUCUCAGCAGCAGCAGCCGCAGCUACGGCCUCGGGCCCGCUCGUUCAACAGCGGCAGCGUGGAGCUACCUCGCCUGCAGCCGGCCAAACUGCCCGCGAAGAACUCACUGGCCACGCCGCCCACGCCUAGGAGGCGACCUACCUCAAGCGAGGCCACCGUUGGCGUGGACGCGGACUACUUCUCCACCCGCGCCUCCUUGAGCUGCGCCGCCGACAGCGAACUGGAGCUCAGCGAGAAUGAGCACGAGUUCUAUCUGACCGCCGACGAGGGCUACGAGGCGGAUGGCGAGAUCGCGGACGUCAGCGAAUCCGAGUGCGAGAUGCAGGGCGGCACCUUGGCCCCCAACGAGUCGUGGACUCCGUUUCAGCCAUCCUCCCGCUACAGGACCCACAUCAUGCACCAGGGACUCAGCCAGCUGGUGGUGCAGAUGCUGGCGGAGUUGUCGCAGCUGUGCAUGAAACAGCCAAACGGGUGGACGGAUAGCCUUACGCAGCUGGCCAACCGCCUGUUCGUCAUCCGCGACUACCUGGGCGGACCACUGUGCCUGCUGAAAGGCUUUGCGCCGAUCCUGAGCUGCAGCGAUCCCCGACUGAGAGAACUGCAACAAUCCAUUUUGGAGUUGAUUCCCCACCUCAACACCCCUGAGGUCUUGCAAUGCUACUACUCCAUCCUGGGCUCCCGGCAGCCCCCAGUGGACCUUCUCAUCAGGCACAUGCACCACAUAUCCUCGGGGUCACUACGUAAGCCGCAGCCCUGCAUGGAACUCGAGUUUCCUAUUGCCACGGAUGGAAAGAUUGUGGUCACUUCGGAUCCGGCGGUCAGUGAACAGAUCGAGCGGGUGCGCCUGCACCACCAACAGUGCCAGAUGAGCACGCUCUUUACCCGGGCUGCUUGCAUCUUGCCGGUGACUCAGACCCGGAUCUGGCAACCUGAUGGCUUGACCCUGUCCCUUUGGCUGGAGCUGAGGGGUCAGCAGGUCCACCGUAGCUCUAUGCAGUUCACCGACGAAGAGACGCGAUUCUCCCCAGAGGAUUCAACUAAACUCCACCUGCUGUCCCUGGGCACCAACCAAGCCAUGGUCAGUAUCUACAUCAGCCACAACAUGCAGCUGAUCUUCGAACUGGUGAAGCCGAGCGAACAGCUUCCGCCGGCCCGGGUAGAGGAGCACAUGGAAGCCAACGUCGAUGCAGCGUCCGUAGUCUCAGCCAACACCCAAGCGGCGGCCAAUGCGCCAGGCACCCUGCGCCAGGCCCUGAAGCAAACCAAGUUGGCAUUGCUCAACAGUUUCGGGCAGAUGCACCUGCUCAAUGGCCACCUUACCGCGCCGGAUCUGUCGGGCGGCUACUUCGAGGGCUCCGUGGUGCAGUUGCCGCACUUGCGCUUGCCCCGCCACAAGUGGAUGCACUUGGUGUUUGGGCUGCAGCAGCUGGGAGAUGCUCUGGAGAUCAGCAUCUUCCUCGAUGGCACUGAACAGCACACCAUGCGUCUUCCCUUCCAUAAUUUCCGUCAGAUUACGCGGCUGCACACGUUCCAGAUGAUCGCUUUGGGCGAGGGUCAGCCCACUAGGAGCCCGGGAAGCAGCUCCUCCUCAAGGUCCACCCUGGACGGAGCUACCCCUCGCUACGGCGUGUCCAACGUGAUUCUCUUUAAGCGCCGAUUAACGGAUCCCUUGCUGAUAAUGAAUCUGACGGCCAUGGGACCGGACUUCACGGAGUUCACCCAGUGCCAGGUAGCCAACUGGAAGCCAAACUACGGCUUUGUCAGCUUGGGCAAGCUGGCGUCGUCAAACUUCGGCAGCCCUUCGGACUGCAUGAGGCAGCUGAGGCAGGCGCGGGUGCUUGUCUACACGGCUCAGCAGCCGGACUUGGUGAUGAGCUACGAUGCGAGCCAGGAACUGGACAUGGCCUGUUAUGGGCAGCCGCAUGGGCACAUUCUCUACGGGGAGCUCCUGCAGCAUCAGCCGCAAACACUUCAGGCGGCCACCUGUCUCAGCGGCGGACUCUCCACCCUGCUCUAUCUCUUUGCAAAAAUCGUGGAGCUGAGUGUAAAUGCUAGUUCCCAAGCCCUGGCCCUGGACCUCCUGCUCCAAGUGGCGCACUCGGACACUCAACUGUAUACGGAAUUUCAGAGGCAGAACUACUUGGCGCUCAUUGGCUACGUGAUCAAGUCGGAGAAGUGCAGCAAGGACGUCCAGCUGCUCAGAAGCAUUGUGAACAGUGCGUGUUCCCAGGCACUGAUCAGUCGGAAAGGGGACUCCCUGAAUGUUAAUGAUAACACCAUGGCCACGCUGGUGUACCCUCAACUGCUGCUGGCCGUCCUGCAGCGGUACUCCGAUUGGCAUCGUUCCGGAGCCACCCAGUCCGAUGUGCUGGACAUGAUGUUCCGUUGCAUUCUGGCCCUGACCAGGGAGAAGCAUCCGCAGAGGGACUUCAACAUGGAACAGUUGCAAAAGGCCGGCCUGCUGGGCGCCCUGCUUAAUCUCUGCAAGGUCUAUGUAAUAGAAUCGCCGAGUCCUGUGCAGAUAUCCUCCUACGCCGCCGAAUGCUUUGUCCAAAUCCUGGCCGUGUUUGCCGGCUCCCCGCCAGACUCCUCCAUGCUGGAUGAGAUCAUGAAGCUGCUCCUGCUGCUGCACAAGCCCAGCGAGUGUUAUGUGACCCACGAUCGAGGCCACUUCUACUUCCUGCUCACCUCCCAGCAGCCGGCUAAGGAAAAGUCGCUGGUGGCAGCAAAUCUGAGCAGGGUGACUACUUCUUUGCGUCGGCAACUGCAUCCCCCGGCGCAAGACUUGGAUCCGGAAAGGGCGGACCGCAUAAAGCGGCUUCGGCGACUUCACACCUCCAACGCAUCUGGGUACAAAAAAGCCGUAAACGAGUUCGAGGAGCAGCUGGAGAAUAUGGCGAACUGCUCGAAUCUCAAUAAGUCCGCUCUGAGACUUUUGAGUCCUGCCGAGGCGGCUCGAUGGCGCUUAAAAUUCAAACGUCGUCAUCCCACGUGCUCCAACAGCCCCCGCAGAAGUCCCCUAAAGAUCUCACGGAGGCGGAUACAUCCACACCUGGUGAAGAUGUGGCAGCCAUCGGGUCACAGCACUCCAAGCUCUCGGAACUUGUCGUUGCCGAACCGGAAAACGGACUUCUAUGAGCACCCUGGCAUUAUUCGCCUGCAACAGCGACUGCUCAUCCUGCUCAAGGACUUCCUGUGCCUGCUGCCUGACUCGGCAGUGGACGUGGUCCUGCGCCACUACGUCAAGCUGGAGCUGCUUCUUGUUCUGGCCAACCAACGAAGCUGCGCAGUGCGCCAUGCUAUUAUCCAGCUCCUGGACGUGUUGACCAAUCGCCUGAGCAAUGGGGAACUGGCCGCCGCUUCCAAGCUCCUGUACCCGCUGCAUCUGGCCAAUCAGUUGACCAUCCACAGCUGCGAUGUGGCCAUGUUCGAGGCCUGUCUGACGUGGAUAAGUGGCGUGCACGGUAGCCUGACGGAUGUGCUCACAUGUGAGGCCCCAUUGAAGAUUCGACAACGUUUCGGAUUGCAAUCUCUCCUGGCCAUCGCCGAGGACACAGAACCCCAGGGAGCCUUUCAAGUUCUGCUGCGUCUCUACCAACAGAAUCCCGAUGACCAGAGCAGUCUUAUUGAAGCUGGUCUGCUGCAGUGCUCCAUCAAGGCCCUCUACAAGAUCUACUCCCUGCGUCUGGGUCAGGUAAACGCCGACGAAUCAAUUGUGGAGCUACUGGCCACCAUUGGCGAACGGGCCCUGCGUUCAGUCGGGCAGAUUAACCUGGUCUGGGACAUUCUGAACCUGUUGUCCUUCUACCAAGACAAGCAGACCCAGCAAAUCGUGCGCAGCUUCCGCACGGUCCAAGCUCAACUCCAGCUAGAGUGGCUCACAAAGUUCUUCGAGCCGAACAGCUUCCGGAUUUCGGUGGUCAGCGAUUCGGGCAUCAGCCAGACGGAGCUGCGCACCAGAGUCGACAUGCUGAUCGAUCGCUGCACUCAGUUCUUCACAGUUGGCAUCGCCCAGACCACCGGUCCCUCCUACGUGGCCAGCUCCCAGGAGCUGGCUCUGUUCCAGCUGCUCGUUUCCUAUGGCAUUUCCAGCAACCAGCGCUGCAAUAACUUUAUCGCCUGGGGACUGCAGCCCUCGCGCCCGCGGGAUCUGAGGUCCUACAUUGUGGACGCCCUUUGGCGGUCGCAGCAGGACGAGUGCCACCGGGCCAUCAUUUGCGAUGGAAAGAUGAUUAAGUCCCUGCUCUGGCUGUCCAUGCAGCAGGAUCUUCCCAAGCCGAUCGAGAACCUGCAGCCCCUUUGUGAUGCGCUGGGCAUUAAGGAGAACGACUGCUCGUGGAACCUGGUGCACGAGCUGGACAGGCUCAAUCAAAACCGCAACAACAUGGCGGCCAAGCAGAAGACCCUUCUGGAAAAAACUGUUCACAGAUUCGAGUCGUUGGUGCAGCACUGCAUAGAGUCAUCCAUGGUGACCACCAGGCGGGUGGCCGAGCUUCAGAAUGCUGAGCGAAAGGCCCUGAUGUGCCACAUGAAGGUAUACGACGACACCUAUACCUACACGAAGUGGCUGGAGAUCAUCCGCCGCAUGACACACGAGGGGGCUCCUUGGUACUGUGCCGAGCGAGCUGAAUGCUCUUGGGAGCUGGACGACACGGAGGGACCGUCUCGAGUUCACACAAGACUGCGCCGCUGCCACUUGGACAUCGGCAGACGUUUCUUCAUGAACGAAUACCGACCUGGGCAGGGUCCUCGCGAAGAUGCCGACCCCUACGUCCGCCCCUUGGACUACCUCAUUGCCAGCUACGAUCAGCAGUUGAACAUUUCGCUCAACUCCCAAAUCUUGUACAACUUUGCGGCCAAGUUCUUACCCGUGGACGGAGAAAUCGAGGGCGAGAUCAUCAUCACCGAUCUGAAACUCUACUUUCUGGCCACAUACCGCUGUCGGUACUUCAACGUUAACUGUGAUAUCGCCAACAUAACUGAGAUCUGGCUGAAGCGCUACCAGCACCAAGAGACGGCCUUUGAGAUUCUCCUGGACACCAACAAAUCCCUGUUCUUCUCGCUGCAGAACGCUGACGACUGGAAGAUAAUGCGCGACGUAUUCUGUGAUAAAAUCGUGGCCCCUCCGGACCAGUCGAAGGUGCUGGCUAUCACCCAGCAGUGGCGCGAGGGCUUGCUCACCAACUGGGAGUACCUGAUGACCCUGAACCAAAUCGCCGGGCGCACCUACAACGAUCUCAUGCAGUAUCCCGUCUUUCCCUGGGUGCUGGCCAACUACAACUCGGAUGUUUUGGAUCUGCGGGAGGAGCACAAUUUCCGCCGCCUUUCCAAGCCGAUUGCUGUGCAGCUGGAGGAGAAUGAGAAACACUACAUCAGCAACUAUACGUACAUUGACAGCACCAACACCACUAUGGGAUCCCUGAUUCUCAAGCCGUACCACUACAGUUCCCAUUACUCCAACUCCGGCACUGUGCUCCACUUCCUGGUGCGAGUUCCGCCUUUCACCAGCUACUUCCUGCGCUACCAGGACAACGACUUCGAUCUACCGGAUCGCACGUUCCAUGCCCUGAACACCACCUGGCUUCUGGCCAGUCGUGACAGCCCCACAGACGUUAAGGAGCUCAUUCCGGAGUUUUUCUGCCUUCCAGAGAUGUUCGAGAACUUCGAGCGCUUCAACUUCGGCUGCCGCCAGAACGGGGAGCGGGUGGAGGAUGUCUCCCUGCCCGCGUGGUCUCAGAGGGACUCGCGGCUUUUCGUACUCAUUCACCGGCAGGCUCUGGAGUCGGAGAUGGUGCGGAAUCAGCUGCACCACUGGGUCGACUUGAUCUACGGCUACAAACAGAGCGGCGAGCACGCCGUGGAAGCCAUCAAUGUGUUCCAUCCAGCGACCUAUGCCGUCUUCCUGGACUCUGAGAUCAGUGAUCCCAUCGAAAGGGAGGCUGUGAAAACCAUGGUUAAGACGUACGGCCAGAUGCCGCGUCAGCUCUUUAAGGCACCGCAUCCGGCUACCAAGGCCUUGGACUACUCGUUGGUGGACAAGCCCAUAGUGGCAACCGUACGCGGCCUGCGCUGGGGUGUCUACGUGGGAUCGCCGCAGCUGAAGGCUCCCUCCUGGGCAAACAUCCACAAGAUACCCGGCACCGAGCACCUGGUCAGUUUCAGCAACACCAACGCGGUCUACGCGCUGCCCGCAAGAGCGGGUGUGAUGCAGGGCGCCGAACCGGACACGUACAAUGUAAUCUCAUGGGGCUACGACGAUCGGAUCGUCAGGAUCCAGCCGCUGAACAAGCCACAGGCCAAGCCGAAAAACCUGCUGCACAACGGCACGUUCGAUGACAUAACCGCCUGCGGGUGCGAUGUGAACUCCAACCAGCUCUGGUUUGGCCACAAGUCGGGCCGAGUUAGCGUGUACAAGUGCAUAGGGGGCCUGGACUCGCAGCAGCGAGCUUCAAUCAAGGGCAGAUCAAGCUAUGCCCGCGGAUUCAGCCUGUCUUACAACUCGGCCUUCCGCAAAAUGGCCAGCAAGAGUGGAGGAGGCUCCGAGAGAGUGGACGAGGCAGGUGGCUUGCAUGCGACCCACUCCGCUGGGUCGGUCAACUCGGGCAGCCAUUCCUCUGGUAACGACGCCCUGCAGCGGGAUGGGGCCGACCUUUCCUGGCUCGGACCCACGCUGUUGGUGAGGCACACCGACGAGAUAACCUGCAUCACCCUGUCCGUGGAGUUCAAGAUUGCUGUGACUGCGGGACGCGACGGCAUCGCCGUGAUCUGGGACCUGAACGACUGGAGCUACGUGCGAACGAUUGCCCGUCCGGCCGAGAUCCACCAGUCUCCGAUAACGCACGUGGCCAUCAGUCCCACCCUGGGCGACAUUGUCACAGUGCACACGCUGCCUCAAACCCAACCUGUGGGGACUGGCUCGGAGGCUCCACCUGUGGCAGCUCCUCAGAGAACCAACUCCCUUGCCGUGGCCGACGAAUGCUUUGAAGUGACGGAGGAGAACCUGGACGACUUUGUCAAUGUGAAUGUGAAUCCUAAUGGGAAGUCCAUCUUGCGGCUGCACUCCGUCAACGCUCGGUAUGUCCAGCACCUGGUGCACGAGGACCGCAUCCAGGCCGUGUGCUACUCCUACAUCAAGGAGGGGGUGGGGGUGAACGUAAUAGCCACUGCAGUGGAAGGCGGCUUUGUGCGCUUCUGGUCCAGCUGGAAUUUGAGUUUCGUCAGCGAAUUGACCACGGGUACAUCGCCCAUUCGAAGCAUCUGCUACUCCACCCACCAGCACUUGGUGGUGCUCACGCGCGAGUCUCACAUCCAGGUGUGGGAGUCCGAAGGCCUCUACGGGAAUGCCCCAAAGUUUCCUCAAAUCGUCUACAAAUAAAGUUGGCUCCGAAGGAGCCCCAUCACGGCCGAAUAUACUCAACAAACAAACUCAAAGCAUAUCAAUGACAGACACAUAAACUGAAAGUUAAUCAAGGAGGGAAUAGGAAGGAUUUCGGAGCUGCGACCGCCCCCAAUGCGGUUCACUACAUAUGUAUCAAUAUCAUAGGACUGUAAGAUGGAUAGACUAAGGUCUCUUAGAGCCGUAAAGGACACCUUUUGUACCAAAUCUUUAUAUUGCUUUCCUCAUCUUGCACAUUUGUUUUUUCCCCACGCGCCUGCUGCCUUCAAUUGUUGAUAUUAUCAAAAAUAAACAAUCGCAUUUUGCAAAAUAUAAUCGCUUUA